AUCACUGGUUCUCUUUUUUAUAAAUACUGAAGAGUCGGUCAAAAUAUCAGAUUUUGGAGAUGGAGUCUGGAAAUCAAACUGCUAUUGCGCUAAUACCGUUUUGAAUUGCUCAAUUCUCUACGCAAUUCAUAAGCUUCCCCCUCUGAAAAACUCAUUCGGAUGUUUGUCGUUCAAUCAAACAUUUGUUGAUGCCCUCCACUCCACCAUUUUCCUACUCUACUUUUGCCCAAUGGUACUUCUGGACCAACCUUUAAUGAAAAAGUACUCAUUCAUCAUGGGAUGCGCUCUACUUUUCUGCUACGAGUCAUCGGUUCUCACUCAUUUCUGCAUCUCCAUCAACAGAUUCUGUGCCGUCUUGGUGCCACUGAAGUAUGACAUAUGGUUCACCAUAAAAAAUACGAAAAAGAUUAUCGCAUUGUUGUGGAUUGUUGAAACAAUUAUUGCAGCCAUUUUCUACCAGUAUUUGUGCAAUGUGUUCUACUUGGAAGAAAUUCAUUUCAUACAAUUCACCAGUACCGAGUUUUGUGGGAUGGUUGCGUGGUAUGAGGAUUUUGUAAAAAAUGCUGCAAUCAUCGCAAUUAUUGUGUGUUUGGACAUCACAACUAUACUUCGAGUUCAUCAUGUUACCAAAAAGGCCCGCGCCAACAGAGGCGAGGACGCUAAUAAAUUCUCCCCGAGAGACAUCCGUUUCCUCCGGCAAACCGUUUUUCAAGGAUCGGUGUUUCUUCUCGAGUUGAUCACAUAUUUCUUCAUUCCACAAUAUUUCCAAAAUCAGUGGAUCAUAUUUCUCGGAACUUCGUUCAUCUGGGUUGCAAUUCAUGCGAUUGAUGGAAUGAUUGUAAUCGUUUGCAACCCAGAAGUCAGAAACUUUCUCAUCGGAGGCCACAAAGUCACCCAACAGACUGUUACUCAAAGCGAUAUGACAGCGGCAUAACCAAGCCCUCAAAAUUUACAAAACAAAUUAUUAUAUUUUUUGUGUAUAUUUUUUGUAUAGAAAUAAUUUAUAACCAGAUAACCAGAGAAAAU